AGCCAACAACACAAGUUGAUUGUCGAUCUGUGACCGCAACUCGAGUCCUUCCGCUAGCGACUGCUGGCAGCGUGUAUAUAUCAGAAAUGGAGAGUACCAACGAAAACAACGAGGAAAAAGUUAAACAAGACGAACAACAGGAGGAGCAAUCCAGCAGCAGUGCCAAACCAUCUGAAGAGAGUCAACCUGAAGAACCGGAUGUCAAACCCACCCAAGUUGAUCUCUCGGCCAUUCCUCCGCUGAUGCAUGUCACGGCCGAGGACGCAGUAGCAGUCGAACCCGAUUCAACCGUGAUCGAAAAUCCCGUCAAUUUGAAGGUGGAGGACGCCGGUAUGACCGGAGCAGCGGAGGAAGAACAACAAGUAGAGCCAACGAGAAAUCCGGAUGGAUCUCCUGCUCCGGCCGAAAUAACUCAACAGGAGCGCCAGCCGAGAUCGUCUCCGCCACCGCUCACGCAGCACGUACGAACCAUCACGCUGACGCCAGACUACCGCCAGUUGCAACAGAGUCAGGAGAACAAUCAGCAGGAGACGGCCAUGAGCGAGGGCCAGCAGCUGGCCAACGAAGGGAACACGGCGAAUAAUUCGACUAAUAUCUACGUAGAAGAAGGAGCCGUCAAUCCUGUUCAACAGGAGGCGACGGACAAUGGCUCCUACUAUCAUCACUACGCCGAAGAGAACGGAGCCGGACAAUCGGUCCGCUACCGAGAAAUGGCUGACGAUCACAAGACGGGAUCGGUUCAACACACCACGGAGCUGCUGGAUGCGGCUGCGGCGGAAGCCGGAGUCCCGACUGGUUACAUCAUGAUGGAGGGCGAAGAAGACGACCAAGAUGACCGGACAUCCUAUUUAGGCAGCCGUUUGGCCACCUUUCAGAUGACGUUGGCUCGGCAGGUGGAUCUGGAGGAAGGUGGUAACGGCGGAGGGCCGUCGGCCCAUCACUCCCGCGACGAAGACGGCCACGCUUCGUCAGAGGCGGCCGACCACCAGCAACAACAUCACCAGCAGCAGCAACAGCAGCAUUCGGGCCAGCAAGUGUACAGCAUGCUGACGCCCACGCGCUACAUCAUGCGAUCCGACUUGUACAACCACAAAGGAGAGUUGGACGAUUCCACUUACGACCCCAGCGGUGAAGUGAUGGUCACCGAUGGCACAGUGGAUAAUUUUGGCAGCAAUGUCAUCCAUGUCCACACCACUUCGCUCCAGCCGCUGCAGACGCUGCAAUCGUUCACUUAUCCGUCGUCGGACAGGCAUUCGCCCAACUCGGCGGCCGCUGCGGCCGCUGCCGCCUACAACACGUCCGACGGCUACCAGUACCACCAAAUCGGGAGCAAUUCGAAGCUGCAGUCCCAGCAAGAGACGUCGCACCAUCACUACACUUCGCUGCUUUCGCACGGCGGCGGAGGAUCAUCGGGAUCGUCGUCGGGCCGUCUGGUCGACCCGAGUCUCUACAGCAAACUCGAGGUGACUCCGUCGCAGUACAAGUCGACCCUGCACGGAGCCACCGCCCAGGUGUACAGCCACAACAUCCCGUCGUCGUCGCCCAACCAUUCCGGCGUCUACGACCACACGGCCACUUUGUACAGCGCCUCCAAUCCGUCGCAGGGCGCCACCAUCACUUACAAUCCGUCCAAUUCUUCCGGAUUGUCCUCCUCUUCCGGCAUCGUCAUCGGAUCUCACAAAAUGGAUGGGAUCAAUAUUCAACUGCCAUGGAACUCAUCCGAAUCGCCGUUGGAAUACAAUUACGGAUCUUACGGAAUGGGCGGUGCAGGAUCGCUGUCGCUUGACGUGUCGCCAACCGAGUUGAAAUCCAUGUCCGUCGGCGGGUAUUCCGGCAAUUAUUCAACGGUCGGUGGCCAAUUCACUUCGGUUAGUCCCGCGCCGAGUAAUUCCUGGUACAGCCCAUCCGACGGCAACGUUCACAUCCUGCAUACGGGUGAGAUCCUGCGCAAAGUCGAUCCAGAUGAUCCGGCCAUGUUGGAAGGCAGAGAAUGCGCCAAUUGUAGCGCAAUUGCUACGCCUCUUUGGCGUCGCGACGGCAACAAUCACUAUUUGUGCAAUGCUUGCGGUUUGUACAAGUUGACCAACGGGACCAAUCGUCCGCCCGUCCGUCAGCCGCCUUCCGGCGGCAACGGCAGCAACAGCGGCAACGGAAUCGGCGGCCAUCAGCCGCAUCAAGCCAAGCGCUCUUCCGUCGGCAGCGCCGGCGGUGGCGGCGGGAGUUCGUCGAGCGGCAGUGGCAACCGGCGAGCCGGUCUGACCUGCUCCAACUGCAAUACGUCGACGACGACUUUGUGGCGCCGCAACGCCAAUGGCGAACCCGUCUGCAACGCCUGCGGACUCUACUUCAAACUGCACAAUGUGAGCCGACCGCUAGCCAUGAAGAAGGAAGGCAUCCAGACCCGUAAACGAAAGCCAAAAGCCGGAACUCCCAGUGGCGCCCCGACCGAAAAAUCAUCAAAUAAAAGGUCGAAGAACAGCAAUAACACAUCUGGCGGCCAAUUGAUUCUUCAGCAUCCGUCCGGAUCGUCUGGAUCGCAGUUGCACCAACAACAUCACGCUCAACUCAACCAACACUACGAAGAGAUGAAGCACGAACUGGGCGAGACGGACGAUCACGAAAUGACCACCAUAUCCAGUAAUCACAUAUACCGCCAGAUGUUGGGUGUCGGUGGUGCCAGCGCAGUGAUUCACUACACCCCGACGGUGAUCACAUCGUCGUCGCUGACCGUCGGCAACGGCGGAGCCGUGGUCCUGAUGGAACCAUCCGGAUUGAUAACGACGGUGGCGAGCAACGGGGCAGAGGACGAGGACCAGCAGCAACAGCAUCACCACCAUCAUCAUCAUCAUCAGGCCGAUGGCGGUAACGACGAGGCCUCGGCCUCCAACAACGGCGAUCACUCGCCCAUCCAUUUGCCUUCGACCACCUUCCUCAACACUCACAUUAGCAAUUUGCCGCCAUUGGAGCCGGUAGUGAUGAUGCACGGAUCGACUCUGGUGACUCGCGGAGGAUCGCCGAUUGGCAACGACGUUGGAUCCAACAUCGUCAUCCGCCAGUUUGAACGCCAAGUCGACUGAUCCAACCCGCCCAAAUCAUCUUCUCCCAUCUAUAAAUACGUAUACCUCGUAACUAUUUCCCAUACUAACCGAACACUAACCAAGGCACCACACGUAAUUUGUAGCACAUUGAUCGCCUUCCGGUCGGUUGAACCAAACAAACAAGAAAAAACAAAGCACAAAAAAGUCAAAUGGCAAUCAAUAAGGAUCGCUUCUAUUAACAUUCGAGUUCAUAUUUUACACUUGAAUUUGGGUAUUUAGGUAUUCUGUCGUUGUAGGCUGUACUUACUACACGUCACUCGUAUAGGCUAAAUCAUAUUGAUGCAAAUGUCACGUUCCUUGUUUAGCAUUAAUCCAAUUGCAAUCACGGUGUCAAAUGGUGACUUAUGCGGUAUAUGUUUAUUAUGCGGCGGCUGAGCACAAUAUUUGAAAUUCCUAAUGUUGGAACUUCAUUCGCCAUGAUAAAUCUAAGCAUUUAUCACUAAAAGGGGAACUUGUAAUUGUCAUUUAAACCUACGUCACAUGCAUUUCGUCCUAUGACUUUCGUCUAUUUCAUCCGAUGACUUUCAUCUAUUUCAUCCAUACGUCCACUUAAGUCACGGCUCGCAAUUAGUUGCGCAGUGUAUUAUUGCAUCCUCGUUUUUCAUUCACAUUCCCUUUUAACUGUCUAGUUGAUUAUUAGAGAAACUCAUAAGCCAUGUAACCAUUAUUAUAGACUACUAUGUGCAACUAUACCAAUAUACCAAAGAAGAAUU